AUGGCUGAAUUAGAGACUCACAAGGCUGUUGAUGAAGUAAGCGAGAAGAUCAACGACCUCAAGGUCGAUGAGCAACCGAGCAGCGAACCCACAAUCACUAGCACCGAAACUGUUCAAUCUGAGAAGAAUGAGUCUGAAAAUGAUGACUCUGUCACCAAUACAGUCUUCAAGUCUAUUGAAAACUUUAGCGUUGUUCAUCCCUUGACCCACCAGUGGACCCUUUGGUAUACCAAGCCCCAGACUGGUAACGAAGAAUGGCACAACCUCCUCAAGAAAGUUGUCACUGUCUCUACAGUUGAGGAGUUCUGGGGAGCCUAUAACUCUGUUCCAAAAGUUUCUGAAUUGCCAAUGAAGGCUGAUUAUUCCUUCUUCAGUGAGGGUGUUCGACCAGAGUGGGAAGAUCCUCGUAAUUCUAAGGGUGGUAAAUGGAUGUUUCAAUAUCGAAGUGGCCGUCGCUCGAUAUCUGUAGAUGAGGCCUGGUUAAAGGUGUUGUUGGGUAUGAUUGGCGGUACCCUGGAUAACGAAGAUGUUAACAGUGAACAAAUUAAUGGUGCAUUUAUUAGUAUUCGUAAGGCUGGUAUCAAGAUCAACUUGUGGACUAAGCACACCAACCAAGAACUUGUGAGACCUAUCGGUUUGCGAUUCAAGGCUUUGUUGGGCCUAGCGGAACGUGAAGAGAUUGAGUUUACUGCCCACGAGGCUGUCAAGGGUCGAUCCAAGGUUACUCUGUAA